AUGCCUAAACUAACUCCUACAAAAAAAGCAUGGAUGUCAUUGAAUCUUGUGUUUGUGGCGAACUACUCACUGUAUGCGAUUCUCCAUUUACUGAGGAUUCCUCUGUAUCCUCUUCCGAACUUUGUCAACAUUUUGAGCCUGGUGUUGUCGUAUUCGAUAUCUUUGCUUCCGCACCUAUCUUCAAUAGGCGAGGCGGUUUCUCAGCCAAAUUUGUAUUGCAUUGCAGUGUUUCUUACAUUUCCUCACGAGAUGCUGCUGCUUCCAUUCUAUCUGCUGGCAGUAUAUCACAUGAGCUCGUUUGUGCUGUCUAAUAGAAAAAUAUUUGAGGCAUCAUGCAUAUAUCCGGCGUGUGUGUCGCUAUCUGCACAUCAUGUUGCACUUGGUAGGAUGGCGUUGCUUGCAGAGGCCUUCACUGUUCCUGUCUCUUUCUUGAUGAUUUUCUUCAGGAAAUCUAGCAUUGUCACACUCACUGCGCUUGUUGCGAUGGUGAGACAGCAGUACUUCACGAAUCCAGCAAUGAAAAGCGUGUUUGGAGAGAUGCGUGUUUCUAUGGACAAGUGGGUUCUUAGCUGCCCGGCUGAUGUACAGGAAUAUUACCGAAAGGCGAGAGAUUUCUUGGUGUCUACUCACACAGCCAAGAAGUUAAAUUAA